GUGACGACCGUAAGCGUUCUCUGCCAGCGUUUUGGAUCUUCACGCGUGGGUUCUGUCACAGAUGCAAAAUCUUUGCGGAUUUCCAAACUCCUGGCCUUAGCCUCCAUCAAGUCAAAUAUAUUCCGUUAUAUUCGUUCCUUCGCACCGUCAUGACGCCGAGGUGCUACUUAUGACGAAAUGAAACGCCUCAACUCACUGCAACAUAGUUCCUUGACACCAGAUGCCGCAAGAUGGCAACAAAGCACCGUUUUUGUCUAAAUGAAACUGCUCAACUGACUUCAACAGAGUCCCUUGGCACCAAAAUAACAGCAAAGCACUACUUUUGUCAAAAUUCUAACUCCUCAACUAUAUUCAACAUAGUUCCUUGGCAACAAAAUGAUGCCAAAGCUCUACUUUUAAGGAAUGUAAACUCCUCGACUCAGUUCACCAUAGUUCCUUUGCUCCAAAACCGCGCCAAAGCAAUACAUUUGUCAAAAUGAAACUCCACAACCCAUUUCAACAUGGUUCCCUGAAACCAACAUGCCACAAGAUGGCAGCAAAGAACUAUUUUUGUCUAAAUGAAACUCCAACUCACAUCAACAUAGUUUCUUGGCAUGUAGGGGACACCUAGGGACUUAUUUUGUCCAACUAAAACACCUCAGCUCACUUUAACAUAGUUUAUUGGCACCUAGAUGACAUCAAAGCACUACUUUUGUUCUAGUGAAACACCUGGGCUCACUUUAACAUAAUUCAUUAGCACCUAAAUGAGAUCAAAGCACACUUCUGUCCAAAUGAAAUGCCUCAACUCACUUCAAGGUACAUGUAUUUACAGAUGAAAACCACACAAAAAUAACUUUUGGGAGUUUUGUUGUGGGAAUUUUUUAUUUUGUUCCCUCAACACACAUAAAUGUGCACGCACACACUAAGACAAAGAAGAUAAAAGAGGGAAAUUCAAUCAAACUGUGUGUGUGCGCGCGUGUGCGUGCGUGUGAGAGGGCGGAGAGUCAAUUGCGUAAGCUGAUUGGCCGGUUCGCGUCCACAGGGGCUGCUCCGAUUGGCUGCAUGUGUGAACAAUGGCACUAUGAUUGGCUGACAGCAGCACAAUAGCCGUGUCUUUGGUCACGCGAGACCACAAAAAGCCGCUUGGGCGCGCCAAAGAGGUCACGAGGUCAGCGUUCGCUCGCCCACGCGUGCCUCUCGACUGCUUUUGUCAUUUUCAAGCCAGUUGUCAGUUUCACCACCAAAUAUUAAGUAUGCAACUUGUGAUUUAUUUGUGUUUGAUCAAUACAGCUAACGUGUUUUUGUUCCUUUUUGACUUAAUGAUUUAGUUUUUGUUUUACCGCCUGGGGUUUAUAUGUGCAAAUGGCUCCCGUGCUCAAAGUCCUAUUUUCAAAAUGUUCUCGAUGAUUUCACGUUUGAGGCCGUAACAGCGAAGACGCAAACACAUUUCUGAAAAUCAGAACCAACGCUCACGACUUCGGAGCAAAUGGCGGCGGCCCAGCGGAAUCCACGUCUUUGUGUAACGCUAAAGACAUAAGCGGCUUGGUAAACAUGGUACGAGUUGCACAUUUGCACGUGUCGCCCUUCAAACUCUGCGGAUGAAAGUGCCUCAACGAUCCAAACUCCUGUCUUGUUAACAUCGGAAUAACGCGGACACAAACGUCACAGGCGAGCGCUACAUCAAAAAGAAGCAAGAAGCUGCGGCCUCGCGUCAGACGUUGACGGCGCGCUGAUGUCAUGUCUGGGUCAGACACGCCCCCUUCGCACCGCCACGACGAUGUCGCCGCCCGGACCGAAGACCACGUGACCCCGGAGGAGUCGACGGACACCUGGAACCUGCCGGGGUGCGAGCGGCUGGAGAGACGAUGGCUGCUUUGGCACGGCUUCAUGAAGGAACACGCCCACCUGGACGCUUGGCUACGAUUGGCCGAGCACGCCGUGGCCUCCCACAACUGGAGCCGGGUCACCUACGCCGGAGCCAAGGAUGCCGUCAGGAGGUUUGAGAGGCUGCGGUGCGAGGCAGCAUCUCAUCUGGUUCAUCUGGACACGCUGGCCCAGAGGAACCGGACCCUCACCUUGCUGUUCCGGGGCGCCAUGCGGUCCCGCCUGCUUGAUGCCGCCCGGGACUGCGGACACAGAUGGGACCGCCUCAACGUCAAACUGGAGUCCAUCAGCGGAAGACUCAAGGGUUUGGUGUGCGAGUGGGAGGAGUUUGAGGAGGAGAUGGAGGAGUUGGCCGUGUGGUUGGCUGAGAUGGAAGUUCAACUCGUGGAGGUCCAACACGUGACGGGGAACGAGUGCGACAAACUCGGACAACUGCAGUCGUUCCAGCGGAGCGUGUGCGUGAAGUGCGCUCGCGUCAACGGCGUGUUGGAGCGUGGCGAGGCGCUGAUCCAGCGCGGCGCGGCGUGCGACGCUCAGCGUGCGGAGCGCCGCCUGCUGGAGCUUCUGCGCCGAUGCGGGCGCGUCUACGACAGCAUCGGACGCGCGCACACGCGACUCCUCAGCAUGAGGCUGGUCUUUGAGGAUGACUUCCUGCUGACUCCGCCUCCAGAUUCCGGCUGUCCGUCCGAGACUUUGUUUGAGGAGGAGGGAGCGCUUGACAAAGUCCACCGGGACCUCCCCGUCGGUCCUCAAGACGGCCGUCAUCGUCCGCCUUCGCCGUCCUCGCCUUUCCACGACCACUUGGGUCUGGAGUGGGACCCCUCGGUGGACGUGGGACGCUCCGUCUCCUGCGGCGACUUCUCCUACGACGGAGCCGGCGCAGGUCAUCGAGAAACCACGAAGAGGCGGAGCUACAUCAGUUCCCUCGGCUCUGAUGUCAUCAGUAGUGACAUCAUCAGGCAGGAGGAUGCGCCGCACUUCAGCGCAUCGCCAGCUCUCCCUGACGCAACGAGCACUCCUGCGGAGCGCCGGGUCACCUCCGCGCCAGAACACGACGGCGAGCCCGGCGGCUCCGACGGGCGCGUGAGGGCGUGGCUGGGAGUCCAGAGCCCCGUCCGUCCGUCCUGCUGUAAAGCCGUGCAGACGGACAGUCAGACUGAAAAUGAGGAGGAGGAGGGGGAGAAGGAAGAUGAAGAGGACGAAGAGUCCUGCUGCGAUGGAGCAGAACAAAGAAGCUCCGAGGCCCGACGGGCCGCCAGGCGCCUCCUGCUGGCCGCCGUCACGUCUCUGCUGGCCUGCCUCCUCUGGAGCUGCCUGGAGCCGUCGUGGCGCCGCGGCGCGCCGGGCAACUUGCACCUCAGCUACGUCAACGGCCCCCCGCCCACCUGACCUGAAUGACGUUUUGGGACGUAGUCGUCGCGCGUCAAGAGGUACUAACCCGAUCGAAUUGUUUGGUUUGUCCAACUUGUAGCACUUUCCGAAAACAACGUAGCAUUGUUAGCUGCUCAAGUUUUGACUCCAUCUUGGAGAUUUUCAGGGGAAGAUUUGGGAAUUGUAGCAACGAGAUUUGUCGUAAAAGGUCCGAAUAAACGUAUGUUGCAUAUUAGUCGCUAACAUCCGCUGAUCUAUUUGUGCGCGCUUUUAUUGCGAGCUCGAUGCUAACUAGCAUGUUUUAGCUGGCUGACUCCAAAUCGGAUUUCCUUGUAAUCAAGCGCAGGUUCUUUUCAAUGUCGCUGGGGAUUUUAUGUGCCCGUUUGCGAGUGCGUUGAAGAGCCUUGAUGAUUUUCAUGAAUUAAAAACAUUUUUUUUGUUUUGAUGCUUGUAAAAUGUCAAUCAAAUGAUUUCUUGUACUGUAUGAAAACAGGCACGCAUUUGUACAAAGGUUAACCAAAUAAAAUGUACUGAACAUUU